ACCUCAGUUUCUACAGUUAGCGGCUUAGCGUCCUGAGUACGCACCUCAUAAUUCAAUCGACGUUCAUAAUUUUGCGAAAAAGAUUUCUUGAUCUCCCGAAUUCCCGAAUUAGAAACCUCAAUAUCUAAAGAUAAUUAUUAUUGUGACGCUUAUUAUCUAAGCAUCAGAUUUGGAUAGUUCAACCCAAGAUAACGAAAUAUCAUUCAAAUAUACAAGUAUGUCUGGGUCAUGUUAAUACUUGGAGCAGUGCAAUGCCUGUAUGCCCAGUGCUUCUGCUCUCUGCUGGUUUUGAAAUCUAGGCAAAAGAACGAAGACAACCACUCCGCGUGUUCAUGCGCUCCGAAGAGGAUAUUGUGCUGGAAGUCUGCACCUCGACGUGGUCCGAGAGUCUCAUAUCAGUUGUAGGUAGCUAGUUGCUGGCUCGAAGUUCGAAGUGAGACUUGGCCACUGGCUCCUGUUGUUGCUGCUGCUGUUUACUGUCAGUAUUUAGCAGUUUUUAAUCCGAUGCUACUGGUCUGAAAUUCGGCGACAGACCUUUCCGAUUUUUGAAUUAUUUGGAAAAUUGGAAAUUAUUAACAAUUAACGGUUUUUGUUCGAGCGGUGAUUGAAACGGAUUACGAAAACAUUUAUUGUAAUUGUGAUUAAAUAAUAAUUGGUGGUUUAACAGUUUUUUUCCAUUGACCAUGGUUUGUUCUUCUAAAGUUUUGGAGAUGAGAGUUGGAAAACAGAAGAGCGUGUGAAAGAACUUUCCCUUUUCCGAUGCCAUGGGGGUUUCAAUAUCGCCGUGGAUCGUGCGCUUCUUUGGGCUAACUUUCGUCAUCGUCGGCGCUCAGAAUGUGACUUGUUCGAGUAAGCAGUGUAAUAAAAGUGGAGACCCAGUAUGUGGUUCAAACUCAGUUACGUAUCCGAGUCAGUGCCAUUUAGAAAAGGCCCAAUGUCAAGAUAGUAAUUUGACAUUGGCACAUGAAGGCCCUUGCCAAAAUCAAGGCGAUAAACCAUGUCUUGUCGCUCUCGCCUAUUUUCAGGCCAAUCCCAAAAAUACGUACAAACCCCAGUGUCGCCCAGAUGGUACAUUUGCAAAUGUCCAAUGUCAUCCAGACACAGGCUACUGCUGGUGUGUUACAGCGAGAGGAAACCCUGUUCAGAAUACCUCAGUACGAUGGAAAUCGGGUGCUAAACCAAGAUGCAAAAGGAAAAAGAAAACAAGAAGAAGAUCGUCAUUUCAUUCGUCACGCAAACCUAGAAGGAACUGUAAGAGAGAAGAUAAAGCUUUGUUUAAUAAUAAUUUAAUUAAAAUUUUUCAUACGGAGUACAGCAGAACGACUAGUGCAAUACUGGGACCAGAAGCUGAUAAAUUAGUGCUAGAUUGGAAAUUUAAAUAUUUGGAUGUUGAUAACAACAACAUUCUUGAUAAGACUGAAUACAGGGAUUUAAAGAAGAUAGUAAAGAAGGCGGUGAAGCCGAAACGUUGUGCGAAAAGUUUUGCAAAAGCGUGUGACAUGAACAGGGAUCAGCAGAUUGAACGUCAGGAAUGGGCUGAUUGCCUCACGAGGGACGGGAUAGACGUUUCUUUGCGUGUGUUCUUGUCGCUGCACGCAGACGCGAGGGGAGAGGAUAGUUCGAAAAAUGAAAAGGACGACGAGGACGAGGACGAGGAUGGUGACGAUUUUUUCGCGCCCCCAAAGAAACCCAGUAAUAAACAAAAUCCCAAUGCAGUUUUGAGACCACCUCCUUCUGGUCAGAAUUAUGACGAAGAAUCACAAGAAAUACGGGAUGAAGAUACGUCAGAUUGCUUAUCCGAUCGUCAGACGGCAUUAAAUGAGCAUCACAAUGGUCUCUAUGUUCCGGAGUGUACUCCAGAUGGACGUUACCAGAAGAUCCAAUGUUAUAAAUCAGCAGGAUAUUGUUGGUGUGUGCAUGAAGAUACCGGUAAGAAUAUUCCCGGGACGUCUGUAAAGAAUCAAACCCCUAAAUGUGACCAGAUUCCUGUACCUAGUAGACCUAUGAAGGGGUGUCCAGAUGACAAAAAGCUUACGUUCCUCAGAGAACUUAUGGAAUUUUUGCAACAUAAAAUGCUGAAAGACACUAAUGGAACUAUGAUUGGAAGUGAAAUAGGAUGGAAGGCAACAAAAGAGGAACAAGCAGCCACGUGGAAUUUUGUCAUUUUGGACAAGAACAAAAACAAAGUUUUGGACAAACACGAAUGGAAAGCCUUCAAAGAUAUGGUUUCCACCGUGAAGAAUUUGAAGAAAUGCGGGAAGAAACUUCCCAGAUACUGUGAUAUAAACAAGGAUAGACAAAUAAGUAUGACAGAAUGGUUGGAUUGUUUGAACACGCAAAGGCGCGCAGAACAUGUGGCAACCACCCCUUCCCCUGGAUCCCUCAGGACAGGAACAAAUCCGCUCCAUAUGUUGCUGGACGAUUAAAGAGGAUCAACAUAAGUCAACCAACAGGUACCUUACGGUGGCGUGUAAAGUAAGAAAAGUAAUGUUUGUAGACUGAAACUGUGCCAGAUGGACGAAACGGUUAAAUGAAAGUGUAACAAAAAAGGGGACGAUGGUGACUGCUACCGUCCAAGCUUAUGACACGCUACACGAGUGUCCGCGAAUGCGUGUGUUUGCGCGUACGAGUACGUGCCUAUUUAUUGUUUCUAACAAAAUCACCGCUGCUAAAUUGACAGCCUGUACAUUUACAAAUUCUAGAGAGAGUUGUUAAUGUAUUUUACCAUUUAAUAAAUGUAUAGCUGUUUA